GCGGAAGGCGGUGGAAAGCACCGCCCGCCGGCGUUGCCGUUCCGGGGCGCGGGCGGGCAGCGAUCGGCCGGGCGGCAACAUGGGGUUCACGGUGGAAACCCUGAGGGAGGCCAUGAAGUACAUGCUGGAGUCGCAGGGCUUCGACCGGGUGCUCCGCAAGAUGAAACUUGUUUCUGCAACUCCUGGAAACAUUGUUUGUGAAAUGAAAGUAGAGGAGGAACAUACGAACAGAUUUGGCACAUUACAUGGAGGUUUGACAGCCACACUCGUGGAUGUGGUGUCAACAGCAGCAUUGCUGUACACGGAAAGAGCAGCACCUGGAGUCAGUGUGGACAUGAACAUCUCAUACACUUCUGCUGCUAAGAUUGGAGAAGAGAUAUUGAUUACAGCUCAGAUUUUGAAGCAAGGAAGAAGUCUCGCGUUUGCCACCGUGGAUUUAACAAAUAAGGCAACAGGAAAGUUAAUUGCACAAGGCAGACACACAAAGUUCCUAGAACAUUAAUAUAAGAAAGUAAUGUAAAUAAUAAUGUUGGACUUCAGAAUGCCGUACAGAAUUAUUUUCUCAUUUAAAUAAGAUACUUAUUUACUUUCUGUAGAAAGUGAAUUUGUCUCACUUCCAUCAUGAACAAAUUUUUAAAUUACCACCAGAAUUGCCACAAGGCUAAAACUAGUGCCUAUUUUGGGAUGAACAACAGAGUGUGAUAGCAUAGGGAUGCAUCUGGCUUUUUUUUUGGUCAAGGUAGCAGAAGGGAAGAGCCUUUGGAACAGCCAUAUGGUUUACCAGCAUGACAGAGUUUUGAGAGAUCAGUUCUCUUUACCUGUGGUGUCAUGUGACAAAGCAGCCCUGUCUUCUGACCUGUCACAGUCACACACAAGCACAACUAUAUAUGCUUAUAAACUGUACUUGUUCUGUAAGAUGAUAGUACAGAGUUCUUAUAGUGCAAAACUGGUUUGAAACUGUAAAGCAGGCUAAUGCAAAAUGUUAAUUUACUGAUGCUGUAACAAAUUCAAAAGUGUUCAAUAAAGCUUCCUGAAACUACCUUUUUAAA